UCCAGUGUGAAAUCGCUAAAUCACGCGCGAUAUCACCAUGCUGCAGUAGCGCUGAGCGAGCGGGAGUUCUAACCAGGAAUUCUUGAUUGCGGCCCUCUCCCGUUCCCGGUGAAGCUGCGCGCGCGCAAGACCAUGAGGCCGAGCCAGAGUCGCCACCGGCUCUUGCUCGCUUUUUUGUCCGUGCUACUGCUCACUGCCCCAGCCAUCGCCGACAGCACGUUGACGCAACAGAGGGCCAUCGGCGGGGGCCAGAGGCUGGCCUCGCCCGGUGGCGCCUUCCAGCUGGGCCUCUUCUCCGUCGCCAACAACACAAGGUGGUUUCUCGGCAUAUGGUUCACCACCUCCCCGGACGCCGUCGUCUGGGUCGCCAACCGCGAUCGCCCCCUCGACGCCUCGUCCUCCGGCGUAGUCGCGCUCAGCGGCCGAGGGGCCCUCGUGCUCCUCGACGCCGCCAGCAAUAACGAAACCAUCUGGUCGUCCAACUCCUCGGCCGCGGUGGUGGUGCGGCUCCAAGACGACGGCAACCUGGUGCUCACGGACGCGGCCGGCGCCGUCCAGUGGCAAAGCUUCGACCACCCGACCAACACGUUCCUCUCCGGGUCGCGGGCCGGGCAGGACCUCCGGACGGGCGCCGUGUGGUCCGCCUCGUCGUGGCGCAGCACCGACGACCCGUCGGCCGGCGACUUCCGUUACGUGAUGGACACCCGGGGCUCGCCGGAGCUGCACGUGUGGAGGAAAGGGCGCAAGACGUACCGGACGGGCCCGUGGAACGGGGUGCGGUUCAGCGGCUGCCUGGGCAUGACCACCUUCGAGGGCCUGGUGGAGUCCCAGUUCACCCAUACCGCCGACGAGGUCUCGUAUGUGUACCGCGACCGCGUCGGCUCACCGGUGUCCCGCAUGGUCCUGACCGAGUCCGGCGCGAUUCAGCGCAUGGUCUGGGACAACGCGGCGCUUGUGUGGAGGGUCUUCUGGUCGGGGCCGAGGGACCAGUGCGACGUCUACGGUGCGUGCGGCCCGUUCGGCGUGUGCAACGCGAUCGGCGCCGUGGUGUGCGGCUGCAUCAGGGGGUUCAUCCCGAGUUCGCCGGCGGAGUGGCGCAUGCGGAACGCGUCCGGCGGGUGCGCCCGCAGCACGGCGCUGCAGUGCGGGGGCGGCGACGGGUUCUACACCCUGCGUGGAGUGAAGCUGCCGGAGACGCACGGCUGCAGCGUGGACGCUGGCGGCUCGCUCGCGGAGUGCGGCCGGAGGUGCCUGUCCAACUGCUCGUGCACGGCGUACGCCGCGUCGGACAUCCGUGGCGGCGGGACCGGGUGCAUACAGUGGUUCGGCGAGCUCAUGGACACGCGCUUCGUCGACGACGGCCAGGAUCUAUUCGUCAGGCUGGCAAUGUCUGACCUUCAUCUAGAGACAACCAAGACCAGCAAGCUCGUCGUGAUCAUCGCCGCGGUGAUAACAUCAUUUGCAUUGCUUCUACUAUCGCUUGGCCUCGUGAUCUGGAGAAAGAUCCGGCAGCGCAGUAAGCAAGGAAAUAGUGUGCAAGGUCUGAAGGAGUUCAAGAACGAGGUGGACCUGAUCGCCAAGCUGCAGCACCGCAACCUCGUACGCCUGCUCGGUUACUGCAUCCACUGCUCUGAGAGGAUACUGGUCUAUGAGUACAUGAGCAACAAGAGCUUGGACACCUUCAUUUUUGAUCCGAGGAGACGCGCCACCUUGAGCUGGAAGACUAGGAUGGACAUCAUCUUCGGCAUUGCCAGAGGGCUUCUCUACCUUCACCAGGACUCGAGGCACACGAUGAUCCACCGAGAUCUCAAGGCGGCCAACGUUCUCCUCGACCGGGAGAUGGUGGCCAAGAUAUCGGAUUUCGGAAUCGCCAAGCUGUUCAGCAGCAUCGGCGACCAUCAGGUCACGGAAAGGAUUAUUGGGACAUAUGGUUACAUGUCACCCGAGUAUGCGAUGGAUGGCAUGGUAUCGUUCAUGCAGGACGUGUACAGCUUCGGUGUGCUGUUGCUGGAGAUCAUUAGUGGCAGGAGGAACCAACGAAGUUUCAACCUCAUUGCUCAUACAUGGGGGCUAUUUGAAGAAAACAAGAGCCUCGAGCUCCUUGACCCCGCCGAGCGGGACAGCUGUUGCCCUACGGAGCUAGAGCAGGCCGCGACAUGCAUCCAGGUAGGGCUACUGUGCGUUCAAGAGAGCCCGAGCCAACGACCACAAAUGGCUUCCGUAAUACCCAUGUUGUCGCACCAACAGGUGCCGGGACGGCCGCUUCGGCCGGUGGUCUGCAUGCCUGUGAGCUCUCUGGGGGAUCUUCUGGACGUGCAGGAGGACACGUCCGGCAAUGCCGAGCUGACCAUCACAAACCUUGAAGGGCGGUAGGAUGGCUCUAGGGCAAGCUAGAACCAAAG